UUCACUUUCAAUGAGUUUGGUCUGUGUGUGUGUGUGUGUGUGUUAUGUGAUUGAUUGAUGAGUUGGUUCAUGCAAUUAGAUUCUGUUGUUGGUAGUGAUCGAUAUAAAUUUUUAUUCAUAACAACCAAAUAAACAACAAUCCAUAUCUAUCUUCAAUUAAACAAAACACGCCUGAAUCUGCUAGUGAAUUGUUCGCCUGACAUUUUAUCAAAUUCUUCAUUUAUAAUUUUAUUUCUUUAAAAAAUAUCCAUUAACAUCGAUUCUUGAUGGUAAAUGAUAGUAAAGCCGGUUCAUCGAAAUCAUCAACAAUAUCGAAAGAGAUGAUUUCGAAUGAACAACAACAUGCCGGCAAACCAAAUGGUACAAAAAGUCGUUUAUUAUUAUUACAAGUAACGGUAUUGGGCCUUGCAUGGUUAGCCGGUUUUUGUUCACGUUUAUUCGCUGUGAUACGUUUCGAAAGUAUCAUUCAUGAAUUCGAUCCAUGGUUCAAUUAUCGUGCUACACAUUAUAUGGUGAAGCAUGGAUUCUAUAAUUUCCUAAAUUGGUUCGAUGAACGAGCUUGGUAUCCAUUGGGUCGUAUUGUCGGUGGUACAGUCUAUCCUGGUCUAAUGUUGACAUCCGGUCUUAUACAUUAUGUAUUGGAUACAUUACACAUUCCCAUUCAUAUUCGCGAUAUUUGUGUAUUUCUUGCACCGGUUUUUUCUGGUUUAACAGCUAUUGCAACCUAUUUACUUACAAAAGAACUUUGGAAUGAAUCGGCCGGUCUAUUUGCAGCAUGUUUUAUUGCCAUUGUUCCCGGUUACAUUUCACGUUCGGUUGCCGGUAGUUAUGAUAAUGAAGGCAUAGCUAUAUUUGCAUUAAUGUUCACAUAUUAUCUAUGGGUAAAAACGGUUAAAACUGGCUCGGUAUUCUGGGCAACAUUAACUGCAUUAUCAUAUUUAUAUAUGGUUUCCGCAUGGGGUGGAUAUGUAUUCAUUAUCAAUUUGAUUCCAUUACACGUGUUUUUUCUCCUAUUAAUGGGUCGAUAUUCCAAUCGUAUCUAUGUUGGUUACAGCGUAUUUUUCAUAUUGGGUUUAUUAUUUUCAAUGCAAAUUCCGUUUGUUGGUUUUCAACCUGUCCGUACUAGCGAACAUAUGGCAUCGGCCGGUGUAUUUGCUUUGCUGCAAGCAUAUGCUUUUCUUAAAUAUCUUCAAGGAUUUGUAUCGAAAUCACAAUUGAAAACAUUUUUCAUUACCGCUAUCAUUGGUUUCGCUGGUCUUGUAUUCUUAAGCGUUGUUGCUCUCACAUAUGCCGGUUAUAUUGCUCCUUGGAGUGGACGUUUCUAUUCACUAUGGGAUACUGGUUAUGCAAAGAUUCAUAUACCAAUUAUUGCAUCCGUUUCGGAACAUCAACCAACUACUUGGUUUUCAUUUUUUUUCGAUCUACAUGUACUUGUUACAGCAUUUCCGGCCGGUCUUUGGUACUGUAUUCGUGAAGUUAAUGAUGAACGUGUAUUCAUUACCUUAUAUGCGAUCACUGCUUCUUAUUUUGCUGGCGUUAUGGUACGUUUGAUGCUUACAUUCACACCUGUUGUAUGUGUUCUUAGCGCCAUUGCAUUUUCUGAAUGUUUUUCUGGUUGUCUGAUGGAUAAAGAUAAAGAAAAACCAUCAUCGACAAAUAGUGGAUCAUCAUCAACAUCGUCCAAAUCAAAACAACAAAUUGAUGAUGAUCAGAAAAAUGGUCAGAAAAAUCUUUAUGAUAAAGCUGGCAAAAUUCGUAAAAUACGUUCCGAACCAAAAGAAACCGAUUCAUUAAGUGCUAAUCUACGAACAAUUGCAUCGGUUCUAUUGAUUAUGUUAUUAAUGUUAUUUGUUGUUCAUUGUACUUGGGUUACUAGUAAUGCCUAUUCUAGUCCUAGUAUUGUUCUAGCCAGCUAUGGUGGCGAUGGAUCUCGUGUUAUAUUGGAUGAUUUUCGUGAAGCAUAUUAUUGGCUAUCACAGAAUACUGAUGAUGAUGCACGUGUUAUGUCUUGGUGGGAUUAUGGUUAUCAGAUUGCCGGUAUGGCUAAUCGUACAACAUUGGUCGAUAAUAAUACCUGGAAUAAUAGUCAUAUUGCAUUGGUUGGAAAAGCGAUGUCAUCGAAUGAAAGUGCUGCAUAUGAAAUAAUGAAAGCUUUGGAUGUUGAUUAUGUUCUGGUAAUAUUCGGUGGUGUAAUCGGCUAUUCGGGUGAUGAUAUUAAUAAAUUUUUAUGGAUGGUUCGUAUCGCCGAAGGUGAACAUCCAAAUGAUAUACGUGAAAGUGAUUAUUUCACUGAUCGUGGGGAAUUUCGUGUCGAUGCCGGUGGUUCGCCAACAUUGCUCAAUUGUUUAAUGUAUAAAUUAAGUUAUUAUCGUUUUGGUGAGCUACAGACUGAUUUCCGUACACCACAUGGAUAUGAUCGAACCAGACAGACUGAAAUUGGUAAUAAAAACAUUAAACUUGAACAUCUUGAAGAGGCAUAUACUACUGAACAUUGGCUAGUACGGAUUUAUCGAGUGAAAAAACCAUCAAAUCGACAAAAAUUACCAUAUUCACAGCGGAAAAUUAAACCAUCUGGAUUUGUAACGAAAAAGAAUUCAAGAAGAAAGAAGGGUACGAUUAAAACGAAACCACAGGUUAAUCGUGGCAAACGAAUGUCAUUGUUUUCCAAAUCUCAAUAAAUGAAUGGACUGACCAAAAACAAACGCCAUGAGAAUUAGUAAAAAUAUCGGAACAAUCAUUAUUUUUCAAUGCUGCUCAUUUUCUUCAAAACAUCGAUUGAAACAUGUGCCUAUAAAAGAUAAUGUUAAUAUUGAUUUAUAGAAAACAACAAAAAAACCAUCUUCAUCUCCAUCAAACAUAUACCCAGAUUUUUUCAAAAAAAAUAUUCAAAAUCGUCCUUUUGGUGUAUUGUUGUUGAUCGAUUCGUCAUUCUUGCCAUCAUCAUCAUUUCAAUUAUAUAUGCUCAUUUUUCGAACGAUUACCAUCAUCUUGUCCGAUCCGAAUGGGUAGCUUUUUGUUGCAAUAAUAAUUUUCCUGAAUAUGGUGUGUGUGUGUACAAAACAAAGAGAAAAAGAAAUGAUCCAGAAUAUUACUUGAACCAAGAAUCGAUUUUUUAAUGAAUUUUUUUUAUUUCUGUUUAAA